CGAAUGUAAGUUAUUUUCACCUUUGGCGACUGAGGCCGCUCACCAUAUCAUUCAUUUCACAUUUCUUUCAUCACCGAGCAUCUACCAUGAUCCCUCCCGGUGGAGACGAAUGCGAGGGCACACGUCUUCUCGCCUGUAUCAAAGCCGCCGGGCUACCAAACCCGACGUCUGUUCAAGAAGAUUUAAAGCGCGAGCACCGCAUCACUACCGUAGAUGAUGCUAUCCCACCCCGAACACUCGCAAAGCAUUCCAACGCUCUGGCGAAUGCGGUUUAGCACAGUUAUCGGCAGCAAUCAAGAAGCUUCCCCCGUCACACGUCGGCCUAGCUCUCAAGGUCCUACUUCUGCAUUUUCUCGCGAUGUAAUGGGGGGCAAGGAGCUAAUUCGUUGCCGAAUGCCUGGCUCGGAAAUCCUAGUGCUGAAAGGAGAUAUCACGGCCAGCACUGCAGAAGCUAUUGUCAAUGCAGCGAACUCUCAAUUGUUACAUGGCGGUGGUCUGGCUGGCGCAAUUGUGGACAAGGGUGGCACUUCCAUCCAAGCCGAAAGCUCGGACUGGAUUCGUCGCCACAGCUCCUUAAAUGUCGGUACUGCAAUGUCAACUGCAAGUGGAAGACUUCCGUGCAAGUACAUCAUUCACGCCGUCGGUCCCAACGUCUCUCAUGCCGCUCAACCAACUCCGGAACAUGCCCAGCAACUCCGUGACGCUGUCUGGAAUGCUCUAGUCGAAGCUGCACGACUCGGAGUGCAGUCUGUUGCAAUCCCUGGCAUUUCAACUGGAAUAUUUGGGUACCCUCGUGAUUUGGGUGCUCGCGAGAUCGUGAACGAAUGCGUUCGCUUCUGCUGCGAAAAUAAGUCAACCUCCGUUCGCAGUAUUGGACUCGUGAAUAUUGACGACCCAACAGUUUCUUGUUUUGUCAGAGCUCUUGAGGACACAGGGCAACUCAAUAACUGCACCCUUGAGUUGCCUCCGAGCCGUGAUUUUUGCUCAAACGAGAACAUAAGGCCACCUCAAAAUUUAGCGAUUUCAGAAAACGUUUGGCCGUCGCUGAAAUGUUAUUCAAUGCAAGACAAUUCGGAUGAUUGGACACCGGACCAAUCGGACGCUAAAACGAGAUCGAACAGAGGACACACAGCCAUUCAUAAAGCAGGAGGGGUGUUACUGGCAAGAGCGGGUGCAUCAGGCAUGGAGGUUCUUGUAGGUGUAGAAUAUCGUCCGAUGGACAAAAACCCGGCUCGCUAUGUCAACUUUCUUGGUGGAAAAAUCGAAUAUGGGGAGUGCCCCGUCGAGACCGCCGCACGAGAGUUUAGUGAAGAAGUUGGCGGCAAUUUCACAAAGAAUGAAAUGAUACAGCAUCUCAAUGACGCGACAAAGAGUAUUGAGUUGUGGCUUCCAUUCGCCAAGUACAUGCUCUACAUUUCGCAUUGGGAUGUCGAUGAACGAGCGGAUAACUUACCAGAAAUGUAUGCCAGACGAAGGAAGGGAGCCCGCGGUAUCGGAAGAGGGGCCGAGCAUGACUUUCUGAUGUGGCUUUCCUGGGACGCACUGAUCGAAGCAGCAAAGCAGAACCAUGGACGAGUGAGCACACCGUGGGGGAAGAUCCCAAUCUCGUCUAUGAUAUGUCGAUUUCUCGCCAGAUAUCAGACUACGGCGGCGCAUACAUUCAACCGACUCAUUGUAAACAAAAUCAUGGAUAGUGAACGAGCGCGAAUUCGACGUCUCAAGUCACUUAGCGAUGCUGAUUUAAUCAGCAAUUUGCUUCGAAGUGACUGGAAAUUGUCGUUAACGAGUCCUCCGAUGGCUCCUCCAUCACCCAUACAAGUGCUGCAACCCAAUGACUCAGAAUAUCAGCGUGUCUUGAGCACAAUGCCAGCGGAGAUGUCGUCUAAUGUUGUGAGCGUGAGGCGCGUCAAAGCGUCUGCGCGGGAGAGUGAAUAUAUUUCCGAACUGAAGCGAAUCCAAGCAACUAAAGCUUCUGUAGGUGAAACGGAGCCUCUGUAUCACGGAACACCUGAACGAUGGCGUGCAACUGCUAUUGCGUUGAAUGGCUUUGACUUAUCAAUUAAGCUCGUUGGUCGGUCGUACGGUGACGGUGUGUAUUCUUCUCCAGACAUUAAUGCUGCAUAUCACUACAGCUCCACAAAAACAGGGGGAUCCUUACUGCAUCUGCGCGGUAUCAUAGCAAGCAAUUGCCAGUCUUCAAGCGACAAUACCAUUCUCCCUGGUAAUGGUUUCCACGUGUUUCCCAACCCACGAUGUGUUCUACCCCUAUUAAUCGUAGAUUUCGCCGCUGCAAAUUCUCAGGAUCUUGACAUGGAGCGUCAAGCAAUCCAAGACGACUACAAUGCCAUGCUUGAGAAGCGCAAGGCCAUGGAGACUUCAAUGAAGGUGAAAGAAGCGACUUUCUGCCGUGAGAUGGCUGCAAGACUUCGUCGCGCGCUCAACGUGUACUCGAAGACUUUCGAAGAGUAUGAGAAAAGCGUCAAAGAUACCAAAACCGACACACCAGUGACUCCUGAUGAAACAAACCAAGCCUCUUUGCGUCGACUACUGAUGGAACGUCAACAAUUCGCUGCUUGCUUGCCCAUGUACGAGAAGAAACAUGAACUUGUUGACGUUCUUCAGCACAACCAGGUGGUUAUUAUUACAGCAGACACAGGUUCAGGGAAAAGUACGCAACUCCCUCAGAUUUUUAUGGAUAAUAUCCUUCCUCACGAAAAGACAAGACGGAUUGCUGUACUGCAACCUCGACGUGUGAACGCUGUGUCGCUUUCUAAACGAGUUGCUGAAGAGAGGGGCUUGCCUCACGGACAAGAGAUCGGAUACUUAAUUGGUCGAGGCGAGAGCAACGUAUCGGACACGACACGCGUUGAGUACAUGACGCACGGGCUUUUUGUCCAGCUCGCGCAUGAUUGGAAGGAACUGUUGGCCAAGUAUUGUGUCGUUAUUGUCGAUGAAGCGCAUGAACGUUCAGUAGACGUGGAUCUCUCUCUUGCUCUGCUGAAACGCGCACUAAGACAGCUCAGACAGCUUCAACAGAGUGAAAGUACGUCCGCCGAUAUAAAAUUCCGUGUGGUGGUGACAAGUGCGACGAUUAAGGAGGAAGCGGAGCAUUUUCGACAGUAUCUGGACCCUUCGUUGACGCGUUCGGCCAUCUUCGCCGUCACUGGCUGCGCUUUUCCGGUUCAUAUUGAGCAUCGCUCCGACGUUAUCGUCGACCAACAGAUUGUUGGCACUGCUGGCGUAGGUAAAGUGCUCACUUCAGCAGCAAUUCAGACGGCAAUGGAUAUUCUACGAACGACGGAAGCGGGAAACAUUCUCAUCUUCCUACCAGGUGAAGGAAGCAUUAACGAUGCCUUGGAGAUGGCACGCCAGGAUAUCUUGAUGGCGUCAAACAGUCAAGAAGCGAAGGAUGCUCGCGUUGUUGAUUCCGACACGGUAUUUUGUUUCCAACUGGCUGUUGAUGUCCAAAGAGGCGACAACGAACAUUCAAAAAGAAUGUUUUCCCGGAAAAAAUCCAUAUCAAAAAUGAGGAAUAUCAAGGUCUGUAUCCUUGCAUUCCACGGCAAAAUAUCUCGGGCUCAGCGCGAUCACGUUUUGAAUCCGCCCCCAGACCAGCGCUUCGUUAUCUUCUCGACAAAUGUCGCUGAGACUGGUGUUACUUUACCGAACGUUCGCUAUGUGAUCGAUACAGGACUUGAACGUCGUGUGCGCUGGAACGCUUCUGUCGACGUGAACGAGAUGGUCACGGAACAUGUAACGCAGUCAUCCAUGACGCAACGCGCUGGUCGGGCUGGACGAACUGCGUCAGGCAUCUGUAUUCGACUGUUUCCAGAGGACCAAGACUUGUCAUCACCUUCCUCGGCAGAAACAAGCACGCGCCGAAGUGUUGAGCCUGCUGUGCAGAAUUCUAUGAUCUACAAGGCAGUGCUACUUGACAAGGAUUUGCAGCGACAAAAUGAAAGGUUGGAGAUGAUUGAUCCAAUCAACACGUCUCUUUUCGAACGAGCUGAAGCGCGAUUACACGAGCUAGGAGCACUGGAUGAAAAUGGUAUUUUGACGCCAGAAGGGGGCGUGUUAUUGUCACUCGGUGUGGAUGUACGACUUGGAAGAUUUCUCAUCGCUUGCAGUCGCUUCGGCUGUCUCGCCACUGGAGCGAAACUCGCUGCUCUUAUUACUGCAUCGAAUGGCGCCGAACGUCUUUUACCAGACCGUAAACGAUUGCAUCUUGUCACGAAAUUUGACGAGUACAUUGACCCGUCUGGUGACCAUUUGACUUUGCUGAACAUUAUCAACGGUUAUUAUGGCGCUGUGGAACAGCAGAAAGCGAUGAAAUGGUGUCGGGGGUGUGGAUUUGAUGAGGAAGUGUUUACAAGUGCCGAGAUCUCGUACGAAUAUCUGCUCAAGGUGCUUGAUCGCCUCCAAUUCGACCUGGUGGAUGACGCGGAUACAGUUGAACAGAACAAUGGGAUCGGCUCUAGUAUUCGCCGAGCAUUGUGUUCUGCUUACUUUGAUCAAAUCGCUGCAACACGGACUCCUGGCAUCCCGACAGCAGGGUUUACACGGAUUCUUGACUCGGCAAAACGUAAUGGAGCUCUUGAUAUGAUGACCGACUUUGCUGGGCGCACACAACCGGCGGCAUCAUCGUCCGACAAGGACAGUGAUCCACCUGAACCAAUCGUGAAAGCUGGGAGUUACACGACGUUAUGGCUCGAUCAGGUCUCUCAGAGCAAGAAUGUAGGCCGGUUGGUGAUUUUUGGCUCGCAAAUGCUGACGGAUGGAUCUCAACGAGCAGAACCAACUGUGCAAUUGAUCUCUUAUGUUACAGAAGAGGAAGUAGCAGCUGGGGCACCAGAGUGGUGUCGUCUUGUCGACUUUAAGGACCUGUUACAGUCCUCAGCGCAAGAGAUCAUACGGUUGGAACUCAGUGAUGGCGUCCGGAGAUAUGUCGUGAUGGAUCGCGGUGCGUGGCUGAAGCAGUUGCGGCGCAAGUUCCCGGCAGCGACUGCAACUGUAAACAGGAACACUUUAGUCGUCACGUGUCCACGUCGUAUGAGCGCUCGUGUAGAUUUUGAAGUCAGGAAGCUGUUGCGAGUAGUCGAGCCGGAGAAGGUGACGCUGCAAUUGCCCGAUCACGUCGAAAUGGGGAAAAUUAUUGGCAAGGGUGGUCAGAACAUUAAAGCUCUCGAGGAGAAUAUCCAGGAGCUUCUGUCAAGUGAGCAGGGCGGUGUUGGUCGUCGACAUGUGGAAAGUAUGCGAAUCUUGGAUAUUAACAGCUCCUCUCGAGAGAUCACGAUUACUCUGGUUGGAGAAGCCAAGGUGCUCAUGCCUGUGAUCGUGGGGCGCAUCCAAUCGUCGAUUGUCCAAACGCACGGCGACAAUAUGCUGCCCUUGGUCACCAGGGCUUUAGGUGAUCAUGGUCAAGAAAUGCAGCACCAUCCGCGACUCGCGCAGAUACUGAAUUGUGUUGCACCACCGAGUUGGCAGUCACGCGACGACAUCAUGUUGCAGCUGGCGCAUGCGCUCGUGUGGAAGUGCGAUGUAAGUAUCUAUGGAGGUUUUCUGCGAGACUGGGUUGUCCGUGGUGAGCCUGCGAAUGACAUAGAUGUCCAGAUCCUGCCACCACAAACAACAACUGCGUCUGUACAGCAACAACUUCAACAACAUCUUGCCCAAACACCGGGAGCACUUCAACGCCAAGUCCAAAUUACCAGUGGCAGACAGAAGGGAUCAGCAUUUGCUCUUGCAAUAUGUGCAGACGGAAUUUCCUCGAUCGACAUCGACCUCGUGGACCCUUCGGCAGUGCUGCAACAGACUCACCCGGGUGUGGAUUGCGAUGCCGGGAAUCUACUGCUCAAUCGACAGCAAUCGCUUCGGAAGAAAAUACCUACCGCCGGGGAUUCACUUGCAGCUGCGUUGGAGAACGUAGGCAAAAAGCAAUUCGUGUUCUAUUACCCGCUACAUUCUGGCGCGCCAGCCCAAAGCAUGGCGAUCAAGCGACUGAGGAAGUAUUUAAAACGAGGAUGGACUUGUCUCUCCGACGUUCCUUCGGAGGUAAUGCAGCAACUGACAGACGCGGAGCGCCAACGAGUAACCAAGGCUACGGUCGGAUAAGUGGAUUGCCAUGAUGAACUCGCGUCUUUGAUGUUUUUAAAAGGCUCUCUAGGAGAACCGGAAAAAGUCAAGUAGAAGGCCACUUAACCACGAAAUCGUCUCAUUUUCCCAAUACAGUAAGUAAAAUCAACUAAUAUGCCAUAUAGGAGUACCCUAAGUUAGCUAAAAGGAGUAGGCUACUAAGGAGAAGAAACAGGAGGGUGGAAGAAAUAGCCUGCAUGACUGCCAACCACCGCAAACAUCCCCACUAGAAACAAUAACAUAUUUACAAGAACGAACUUG